AUGGAACUUCGAACACCAUCCACUGGCUGUCUCUCUAUACCACUAGCCGUCUACGAUCAACCCUUCACCUCCGACUCCGAUCAUAUCUCCUACUCCUCCCUGGACGUCAUCUAUAACCUCCUGCCCCCCGAAACCUCCGAAGCGGCCACCCUCGCCGCCCUGGCCGCCGGCAAACAUGUCGUCCUCGACACCCUCCUGGCCCCAAGCCUCGCCAGCGCCCGCCGCAUCCUCGCCGCCGCAUCCUCCGCCCCAAACAACGCCCGUGUCUUCGUCAGCUCUGCCCGCCGCAAUGCCCCCUGCUUCACCGACGUGUUCAAGGCGGAGGUAGCCUCGUUGGAACGGAUCCAUUACGUCCGGUGUAGGGGGAUCACAGGACGGUCCCCUGCUUUCGUCACCCCGGCAGGGAUCCCCUUCACAACAGUGGUGCAAGAAGCGAAAGGAACGGAUGAAAACGAAACCGCUGUUUCUUCUUCUUCUUCAUUGAGAAAAGCAUGGGAUUCUCUUCUUCGCGAAGUCUUCAAAGGCCAAGAACUCACCCCGGAACGAGUCGCGCUACGCCGCUUCCUCACCGCAGCAGGAUGCCACGAUCUCUCCGUCCUGCGCGACACCCUCGGCGUCCCAGAGUCCGUCUCGGGCAUCUCCAUCAACGUCCCCUUCUACUCGGCUACCUUCCACUACACAGAUCGAACCGGCCAUCCCUUUGCCGUCCUCUGGGAGGCGGGCGUCGACGACGUAUCCCGCUGCGACGCCCAUCUCACCGUCUACGCACAGGGCAAGACUCUCUCCGUGGAAUACGAUUAUCCCUAUCAUCCGCGCGCAACCCCUGCAAGGGUUCUUGUUCAACAAGGCGCAGACACUAAAGUACACACAAGUUCCUUGUUUGAAUCGUACGCGGCUCUCUUCAAACGGCUACAUCGCUAUCUCACCACUACUGCUGCUGCUGCUGCUGAUGCUUCACCGGAUGACGCAGUUCUGGAUCUUAGACUCUUCCGGAUGAUCUUUGACCAGUAUGAUCGGCAGUGUGGGACGAUUCGGACACCGUUGGGAUGA